UUGUGUUCCAGGAUCUGAAUCCCUAGAAGCAAUAAACAGUUCCGCUGAAUGUGUGGUGCAGAUUCAUUUGUAACAGAACUACAGGUGUAAUUAGUUUCCUUCGAGAAAACGGAACAGGUAGAAGUUAGCCAUAGAAGCAAAAUAACACGUCACGGAGGUUAUUGCAAAAAGUGCUAACGGAAGCUAAUUUGAUCUGUAGAGUCUGUAGCUUCACGUGAAGGAAGAACAAUAUUAGAGCUCUUAAAGAAGCUAGCGUUCAGAGGAGCCAUGAUGAAUUGACUGUCAGCGCUCUGUCCACUUCAAGGAAACCAUGCUUCAGUUUUUGGGACUACGGAAGGACGCCAAGAAGUCAACAUCUGACAAGGAAGCGGACGGAGGCUUCGUCAUUGUUGGAGAGACGACUGAUGAACAAAGGCAGAGGGUUAAGACUGUAAACAGUGGACAGCCCUCAACAAAUGUCAUAGUCCAGCCAUCAAAGUUACCCCAUCCAGCUACGCCUCAAACAGCUGAUGCUUUGCUUGAUGUGGGACCAGCAGGCGGCCUUCAGUCUGUGGAAGUCACUUCAGCUCUGCCGGAUCUUCUCGGAGACGUCCCCUUCACAUUAGCUCCUCAUGUCCUGGCCAUGCAGGCCGGGUCCAGCGUGGUCCCAGAUGUCCUGCUGUCCAGAGACGUAAACUACAACCUGGCUAGUUUCCAGUAUGACUUCACCUUAGAAAAUUCUGUGCUCCACAACAGUUAGUGUGUUCAUCAUUAGGAGCUGCCACUCUAGAAAAGUGGGCCCAUUGCCUGAUUUUGAUAGUUCACAAUUAAUCUACAAUUGUAAAAGGAAACUGAUUAAACAGCUGCAGAGAACGGUAUAGCAUUAUCAUUCUCUAGUUGGCUCCUUUUUUUCUUCCUUUUUAAUCUAAAAUGGAAAAUAAUUGAUUCAGGUUCCACACCAUGUUACAAGAGAAAAGCCCAGUUUCCUUCUAAAGUUAAGUUACCUGGUAGCUCAGUGAAGAAUAAUUUAUCAUCUGGUCCUAUUGUUAAGACACAUCACUGACACUUUGUACAGCAUAUAUCAGUGCUGCUGUCGGUCAUUUGUUCCAGAAAAAGUCCCAUUUAAUCUUCCUUGUCAGGACAAGUUAAAGGAAAUUUUACAAGAAAUGAGUUCAAGGUUGUGUUUGUAUGUAGGUCAAUUUUUAAGAAUCGGAUGAAUAAUAUUGAUGUGAAAGCUUUACUAAUCUUACGAUACCUUCUACAUCUAUGACUUUGAAAUGCUGCAAACAGACAAACGGCUCAGGAUCAGCCUUUUGUCCACAUCUUUGAACUGUGGUAGGAAGAUCAGCAAAACGAUAUCAGAGCUUAGCUGCAGUUAGAUUCACUUCAAAAUAAUCACUAUUAUUGAUGUUUCAAAAUGUAUUUUUAAAUAGAUUCAUUUACCUAGGUAACAGAUAAUAAAGUGACACAAAACAAAUGUAUAAAUGGUUAUAUAUUGAAAAAAUGAGUAAAAGUCCUGGUAACAAAAACCUUACAUUAACAGUGACAAACAGAAAAAUGAAGGUUUGUUUUCCAUUAAUUACUGUCUUCAUCCCUUUUUAUAGCUCUCAGUCAACAUUUUUUUCUUCUAUUCCAUAAUUUUCCAUAAUGUAGAGCCACUUGCAAGUUUGUCUGUGUAUUUUUCUAGAGUAUUUUUAUGGCCUACCUAUUUUUAAUUGAGGCGAGUCACAUACACAUGCCAUUAGUUCAGAUUUUAUGUAGGAGGCAUGUGUUUUAGCCCUGCAUAAGCUGCGAUUCACGGCAGGAUGGCAUGGAGUCCCACAAUGGAACUGUGGAACAAUAUCAUGAUUUGAUCCUGCCUCACAUCUCAGCGCUUUUAACUUCAAGGUUCUUCUGCUUAAACUAUUUUUUUUAGAUCCUUUAAAUUGCUAGGCAAUUUCAUUUAAAGCAGAGAUACACUAUGAAGCUCUUUUGGUCUUCCUCUUUGUAAUGUUAUUCACAAAUGGAAAACAGGGGAAGCAAAUGUGCAAUACAUAAAAAUGAGGUGAAUUUGUUUAUUGGCUUUAAUAGCAGUUGUGGCUAAUUUACCAUCAGGAGUAAAUGACAUGGCUAAAAACCUGCUUAAAUGUGUGGUUUUUCCAAUGCAUUGUGAGCACCAGGUGGAUCUGUUUGUCGGUUUCUAUCUGAGUAUUCACAUUUGCUUGAAUUAAUCAUACAUUUCAAGGUACAUGCUAAAAUACCAAUGUUUCUCAGUUGGAAACACUGUAGAUGUAAUGAUAAUGUACAUUUUUUUCUUAGCCUCUGUUGUGUUUAGUGCAGUUAAUCUUCUACAUUUAGCCAUCGUUUCCAAGCUUUUGUUUUUUUUUAAUUACUCCUCUACCACCUGUGCCUUUAUCAUGCAAACCACCCAAUAAAGUCUUUCUCAUGUAUCAA